AUGGUGACACAACCGUGUUACCAAAAUCAUUCAUUAAAUGAUUUGAUUAAGCCGAUCAAUAAACGUCGUCGCCAUCGGGUUCCCAUUGAGAAUAAAGAAGCCGAAAAUAUGGAAGACGAAGAGGACGAAGAGGAGUACAUGAAUCUUGACGAGAUAACAGAAGUUAAAGCUUCAUCCGUGAUCGAUUGGAUCAGAAUUCCUGCUGUGAGAAGAGGAAUUUACCAACAAUUCAGUAAUUUUUUAAGAACCUAUGUCGAAGAUGGAAAGUCUGUUUACGGUCCUCGCAUUGAAGAACUUACGAGAGAUCAACUCCAUAGUCUGAAUGUCAAUUUCCAGCAUUUAUCAAAAAGUAAACCGGUAUUGGCUCUCUUCCUUCAAGAGUCGCCUGAAGAGAUGCUUAAAAUUUUCGAUGAAGCCGCGUACAACGUCAGUGUGCAAAAUCACGCCGGAUAUAAACAUCUUGGUAAGGAGGUUCGCGUUCGCUUUACAGACUUUCCUUCACUCACCAAUAUCCGAGACCUUAGACAAACCAAUCUCAACCGGUUAGUACGCGUGGCUGGUGUGAUUACAAGAAGAACAGGUGUAUUUCCUCAAUUGAAAUAUGUGAAGUAUAAUUGCGGAAAAUGUGGAGGAAUUCUUGGGCCAUAUACUCAGGAUAUUCAAACCGAGAUCAAAUUAAAUCACUGCUUGCAUUGCCAAUCAAAAGGACCAUUUAUCUUGAACACUGAACAAACAUUAUACAGUGAUUAUCAAAAGAUAACUUUGCAAGAGAGCCCGGGAAUGGUUCCAGCCGGGCGUUUACCUCGCCAUAGAGAAGUUGUUUUGCUCGGCGACUUGAUUGAUUCCGCAAAGCCUGGCGAGGAAAUUGAGGUUACCGGAAUUUAUCGCAACAACUUUGAUGUAUCAUUGAAUAUUAAAAAUGGUUUCCCGGUAUUUGCGACCAUCAUAGAAGCAAAUUACAUUUCAAAGAAGGAGGACCUGUUUGAGAGUAAUCAACUAACCGAAGAAGAUAAAAGGCAAAUACAGGAACUUGCUAAAGAUGACAAAAUUAGUAAACGCAUUUUUAAGAGCAUUGCACCUUCAAUUUAUGGCCACGAUGAUAUAAAAAGGGCGAUUGCAUUGUCAUUGUUUGGAGGAGUUCCAAAAAAUAUCCAAGAUAAACAUCGCCUUCGAGGAGAUAUCAAUAUCCUCAUGCUGGGUGACCCAGGGACAGCAAAAUCUCAAUUUUUGAAAUAUGUUGAAAAAACAGCACAUCGAGCCGUUUUCACUACUGGUCAGGGUGCGUCUGCGGUUGGUCUUACCGCAUCAGUUAGAAAAGAUCAAAUAACAAAAGAAUGGACUUUAGAAGCUGGUGCUUUGGUUCUUGCUGACAAAGGAGUGUGCCUGAUAGACGAAUUUGAUAAAAUGAAUGACUCUGAUAGGACAAGUAUACACGAAGCUAUGGAACAACAAACCAUUUCCAUUUCAAAAGCUGGAAUAAACGCAUCUCUUAACGCUCGUUGCGCUAUUAUCGCGGCAGCAAAUCCAAUUCGAGGUCGAUAUAAUACAUCGAUAUCAUUUUCUCAAAACGUAGAUUUAACGGAGCCUAUUUUGUCUCGGUUCGAUGUUCUUUGUGUCGUCAAAGAUACUGUUGAUCCCUUCGCAGAUGAGAUUCUCGCAAAUUUUGUAGUCAAUAGUCAUAUUCGUAGUCAUCCCGAAGAAACACAUUCUGAAGAAUUGUUGGCUUCACAAGAUCAAAAUGCAAGUGAACAAUCAUAUUUUUAUGAACUCCUACGCAAAUACAUCAUAUAUGCUAAACAGAUAACACCUCAGCUUACUAAUCUUGACGAAGCAAUGAUUUCGGAGCUUUACUCAAAUUUGAGGAAAGAGGCUCAAAGCGGUGGUAUUCCAAUUACUGUUCGUUAUCUGGAGUCCAUGUUGCGUUUGGCAGAAGCACAUGCAAGAAUGCACCUUCGAGAUAAUACAGAUACAAAUGAUUUGGACAUUGCGAUCGACGUGGUGUUGCAAAGUUUCUUCUCCUCGCAAAAAUAUUCGAUAGCAAGCAAACUUAAGAAGGUGUUUUCCCAAUAUAUUAAUAAAGCCAAAGAUCAACAAGAGUUGCUUUUGCACGUACUUAAUACGUUGAUCAGAGAAAAAGUGCGUGUCCAAAGAGCUAGUGAUUCGGAUGUCACUAAUACAAAUAGCGUUAUCAUUAAGGUUUCCGAUUUUCGUAAACAGGCAAAAUAUCACAACAUUCAUAAUAUCGAUCAUUUUCUGAAAAGUGAUGAAUUCAAAAAACAUUAUAUUUGGGACGAGGCUCACGACGCCAUCAUCAAGGAG